GAUGAAUGGAUGCGUGGUAGAGCCCUGUGCGACCGGUUCCCGUCGCCAGCGUGCCGUCUUUCAUCAUCAUCACCACCACCUUCAUCGCCUCCUCCUCGUCAUCCGAACCUGGAAUGUUCUAAAGUGGUAACUGAACUGUUCGUGUGUGUUUUGUGCUGUCCUUAGGUACACCCCAUGAGCAACCAUCCCACCAUCAGAUCAUCGACCAUCCCAUCAACUCAUCUCUCAGCCAUCGUCCACCACUAGUGCCAUUCAUGUCAUCGCAUCAUCAUCAUCAUCGUCGUCAUCCAGCCCAGCAGGUGAAGGGUGCGUGAGGAUGAAGAGGAGGAGCGGAGUUGACGCGGCCGGUGGUGAGGAUGGGCCGGGGACCCCCACCAGGACCGUCUCCUCGCACCGGCGACCCAAGGGGAGCCGCGUGGAUGGGUCCCUCGGUUCGGGCUGGACUGUCUCCCUGCUGGUUGGAGUCCUGGUCCUGGGAGUCUAUUGGCGAACCCUGCACCCGUCAGUGCCCGGUGGAGACUCUGGUGAGCUGAUCACAGCGGCGCACGAGCUCGGGGUGGCUCACCCUCCAGGCUACCCGCUCUUCACGCUGCUGGCGAGGCUCGCGAUGUCGCUCGCCUCGCCCGGCUCGCCCGGCUCGCCCGCCUUCCGCGUCAACCUCCUCACCGCGGCCUGCGCCGCCGGCGCCGCCGCGCUCCUCCACGCCGCCGUCCACCGGGCGUCCGGCUCCGUGCCGGCCGGCGUUCUCGCCGCGGGCCUCUUCGCCUUCUCGCGCCUCACCUGGCACUGGGCGGUCGCCGCGGAGGUGUUCAGCCUCAACAACCUCCUGGUGGCGCUGCUCGUCCUGCUGGUGGCCUGUUUCGGCGCGGCGCCGGACGCGCCAUCGCGGUGCAAGUUCGCCAAGGCCGGAGCGUUCGUGUGCGGCCUGAGCCUCAGCAACCAGCACACGGCGUCGCUCUACGUGGUGUGCCUGGUGCCCUGGGCGCUGCACGCUCUUCUCGAGCGCAAGGAGCUGGGGGCCGCGUCGCUGCUGCGCCUCGCGGCCUGCUCGGCCGCCGGCCUGCUGCCUCACCUCUACCUGCCCGUGUCGUCACACCUGGGCCUCGCGCGCUGGACCUGGGGCGACCAGUCGUCCUUGCACGGGUUCCUGACGCACCUGCUGCGCCAGGAGUACGGAACGUUCAGCCUGGCCAAGUCCGGGUCGGGCUCGGGGAUGCUGACGAUGCUGAGCGUGCAGGCUACACACAUGCACCACGAGCUGCUGGGCGUGGGACCCCUGCUGGCUGCAGCACUCUUCCCCCUGCUCGUUAAACACAGGAGCCGCGAGCGAGACGCGUUGCCGCCCCUGCUGCUGGCGCUCAUGCUCGCCGUCUACUCGCUGGUGUUCGCCUGGAGGGCCAACCUGGACGUCUCGACGCCGCUCCUCCUGGGCGUGGUGGAGCGCUUCUGGCUGCAGAGCAACCUCGUGGUCUGCGUGCUGGCCGGCCUUGCCGCCGCUCGCCUCGGCGCCCUCGCGCGGGCCCUGCUGGGCCACGGGAGGCCGCUGGCCGCUUGCGAGUGGCUGCUCGUGGCCUGCUGCGUCCUGCUGCAGCUGCGGCGCAACUGCAGCGUGUGCGACCAGAGCUCCAACGUGGUGGUGGAGCAGUUUGGGGCCAACAUUUUGCGAUCGCUCCCGCGCGGCGCGCUGGUGCUGACGCGGGGCGACCUGCCGGGAAACGCGCUGCGCUACCUCCACUACUGCGAGCGCCGGAGGCCCGACGUGGUCCUCGUGGACCAGGAGCUUCUAACGUACCCGUGGUACGUGCGCAAGCUGGGCCCCCACCUGCCCGGCGUGCGCUUCCCUGGCGACCGCUGGCAUCCUGCGGAGGGCCUGCUCCCUGACGGGACGCUCGCCUUCAGCAUGAGGAGUUUCCUGGAGGAGAACCGGGGGCGACCGGUGUUCUCCUGCAUCGGGCUCUCCGAGGAGGAGUCCUCGUGGCGCGGUGCCUUCGAGCGCCGCCCCUGGGGUGUCUGCGAGCAGCUGGUGCCCGCCGGGACGCCGCUGCGGGCACACGAGCUGGCCGAGGCCACGACGGGGAUCUACAACUGGACGUUCCCCUACCACGGGUUCGACCCAACCUCUUGGGACCACGUGGCCAAUGAAGAGAUGUGGCAAUCGAGGAUCAAGACGCCGUUCUACCUGUUCGAGGUGGCCGAGGAUGAGCGGCUGCCCAGGGAGACGAGGGUCGCCCUCUACGCUCUCAGCUACCAGCUCUACCGCCCGCUGGUGUCCGGCGAGGAGGAGCCGCUGCCCCUCAACUGGCACAAGAACUUCGCGCUGGCGUGCGAGCGCCUUCUGCGCGUCGGGGGGGCGGGGGAGGCGGCGCCGCCCGCCGUGCCCGCCGAGCGCCUGCUGCGGGAAGCCAUCGCUCAUUUACGCCGCUACGUAGAGGGGGCGGUGGUGGAGCGGGGCCAGGAGGACCCGCAGCUGGAGUCGGUGCGGCGGCUGGCAAGGCACCUGGCCGAAGAGCUGGCACGGCUGCAGCGCGGGGCGGCGAUGGCACUCGGAGGAGGAGGAGGAGCAGCGGGAGGAGCGGGAGGGUCCGCGUAGCCAGGAUGAUCGACCCACCCGUACGGACCGCUGCACUCGGCCCGCUGCGUCGGUGGGGACGUUUCAGUGGUGCAGACGUCUCUGUCGGUAGGCGCUGUCGCGGCUCUUCCCGAGGGCAGGGGGCGUGUGGUGCCACCCCCUGCUGCCGUGCGGAAUCGAGGCCACCUGAAGGGCUCUGAGGAAGUGGGUCCGUGAUAUCCGCUUCCACGGGCCGCUCUCUCUCAAGUGGAGGGUUGCACUGCUGUGCGAGAGAUCUGGACGCAUUUCUUCGUCUCGUAACGUGACACCGAAAGUGCCGUGGGGAUAAAAAUGGGGAAAUGAUUAUAAUUUUUUUAAUCCAGAAUUUUUAUUUUUUUGUAAACCACUGUGGCCUUUGCACUGGGAAACGGACGCGUUCGCAGUCGUGUCCACCCGCGGAUUUGCCGAUGAGCCGAUACUGGCCCCUAGUGGUGAGACCGCACCGCGGCAGUCAACGCAAGCGCGGCUCUCGCACAAAGUCGAUUGGAGUCGGUGGCGGCCAACGGCACAUCAACGGCUGAUGGGACGGCCACGUCUUUUCAACUCCCCUUUGAGUCGGUGGCCUGCACAGCGAUGCGACCGCACGGUCAGCUCUUUUGAUCCGGCGGUUUAGACAAGGCCGAGAGCAUCGUGCGUGCGGUGCGGUGGUCACGUGACGUGCACGUAAGACACACGGAUGGGAGAGGUGCCUUCUUAACCCCCUACUUGAGCAGCAGCAGCAGCAGCAGCACACCUCCAAUGCUCGUUAUUUAUACAACUCAGACCUCCUUCAAAGAACUCCUCCGCAGAGGGGUGCACGGCACACGAGAGCAGCGUAAUCUCGGCGACGUGGCGCUCGCGCGAGGCUGAGAUGCCGUCGUCGCCGCUGCGCCACCGCUCCGCCCGCGGUUGAUGGCUACAGAAUAACGAUUUCUCACGCGCACGCCUCGACGCGGGCUUCACGGGCGCACGACUCGGGUGAGCUGCCCUUACAUGAAAUUAUAUAUGUGAGCCCAUUUCCAUUCUCCACACGUAAUUUGUUUUAUUAUCUUUAGUCAAUCAACCUAAUGGCUUUCCAGACCAACAUUAAAAAGAGCUACAUUUGUUUCAGAAACCAAACGCCACCAAAGUUUCCACCUCAUGGGUCUCAUCGUUAAGAGUCGAUAAACGUCCCGUUGCUGACCAAAGGGGCUCCCAAGCUUACCACACUUCCCUCCCCCGAUGCGGCUCCCGUCCAGCCGUGGCCUCAGAAUCAGAAUGUUUAUUUAGACUGGAGGAGGAAUCCGAUGCCGUCUCCCUCUCCUCCUUCUCCCGGUCUCCACAGCCACCUUCAUCCAUCCUCCGCUCCGUGGCUCCUCUCCAAACCCCGGGCGCCCCCGCGUUCUGCGUCGCGAGCCGAUUCCCAAGAUUCCCACGGUUCCCACGGUUCCCACGGCAGCGUUCGUAGAACGCGGGGGUUAAAAUUACUCUUCCCCCCCCCCGCCCGCUAAUGAGGUGAAUGAAAGAGGGCGCCGAUAACUUUUGAGCGGCGCACCUCGCGUUUGAAUGACUCGCGUCGCGGCGGAAAUUAGCGGAGGCCCGUCGCAGGGCCCAAGGCGCCGUGUCUAAUUCGGCAAUAUCACAACGAGCGUAAUCUCUCCGAUUCACACAAGAGAAACUCCGCCGAUGCUCCGUAAACGCGCCAUUAGGCAAACAUCUCCCAACGUUAAAUGUCUUCUUGGAUAUCCUGCAGGCAAAUGAGAUUAAGUGCUAAUAGAAUAUUAUAAACAGCACUGCCCCAACCUCAUUUGCAAAAUACUUUAGCACUUGGCCUACAGAAACUAGCAAUUUAAAAUCAAUUAUGGGGACUAAUAAGAUGUGUAUAUGUACAUCGAGGCAUACCUAUGACUGUUUAACACAUAGGCUUUCGUGACUAAUAUUAUCCAUAAUAUAGGUUUUUGAGUUUGAUCGCAUGAAUAUAAAUGUGUCGUUAAACCCGCCACCACCCGACACAGGCAAUUUGUAAGGUU